AUGUCUCUUCGCGAAGAGGGAGUCGUUGUUUCCUUGUCUGGAUCGAGAUUUGUCCUAGCCACCAAAUUUGGUACCAUAUACGCCAACAACGACGAGCCGGUCAAACUUGGGGAUUCUGUCACCUUCCACCUUACAACCACACUGAAGCCGUGUUUUGGAAUAAAUAUCAAAGCCCAAUCUUCGAAAUUUCCAACGAAACGAUUUACCGAAAAAUCGGUACUGGUCCAAUGCGAAAUCAAGAGGAACAUUGAUGGAACCGUCAAUGGCAAACGAAUUUUCGAAACUAAUCUCCUACCUGUUGUGCAAGAAGGACACUUUUUGGGAAACAACACGAAUUCAUUUAUUAAAAAGACUGUUUGGGUGAAGUUCUGCGGAAAUGAAACGAAAUCCAAGUGGGAGAUUCAAGAAAUUGUCAAGAAUGACAACGAUAUCAUUGAAAUCCUUGGAAUAGUGUAUCAUGAAAAAAUAGAAAUCAAUUCUGCAAGAGUAUACGUCCCGGGUUAUCCCGAAGAUUUUGUACUCCGAAAAACGUCAAGCUUCCGGCCAUCUACGGCCUUGGAUUCAUGGGUGUCAUUCGGAGUUUCUUCGUCCAACUGUAAUGUGGAUUACACACAUCCAAUCAAGUUGCAGGAGUGCCCAGUUGAGUGGGAAACUCAAAAAGGAUCUUUGAUCCGGAGUAAAUGUUCUCGGCAACGGAACACAAUUCAAACGUGUUUUGGCGAUAUCGUUUCAGAUCCGAACGAUGAACUCGGACGACUAAACAUUUCUGGUGACUUUGAAAAUAAGAGAAUUUGGAUUCACCUAUCUUCGAAUUUCAAUAAUAAGCCUAACUUUGUUGUUCACCAAGAGAAGAGGACGUCCAAUGGAAACCAAGUUCGUCUGGAACAUCGUCAGCAGACUCAUCAAUUCGUUGACUACAAAAAACCAGCUAAGAAAACAUCCGAUCCAUCUGGUGGAAGACCAAGAGGUGCACCUACUCCAAGAUUGACACUUUCUUACCAAGAUGAACCGACACACUACAAUUCCUCUUCCAAUGAUAUGCCACCACCACCUUCCAGAAGCAGCUCAUCGAAUCGGAGGUCAUCUCCUCCAAGUGGGCGUCAGCGUACGACUAUCAACGGAUCUAAUUUCUAUACUCGAGACGAAUCAUCGUUUACGCAAGAAGUUCCGCGAAGUCAAUCACCUCCACCGCCAAGAUCUCCACAAGAGUAUGAAGAAGUUAUAGCUGGCCAACAAAGGAAGAUCAACGCUCUUCGAACCGCCUUUCUACAAGAAACGGACCUUGGAUUGAUCCUACAACUCCAUUGCCCUUCGUUCCUGCAUCAAUUGGAAAAUCUAAUUUUCCAGAAUUAA